AUAGAACAUUCAGUUGAAGAAAAGAAUAGCUGCGGUAAAGAGUUCAUUAGAAAGUAGAAAAUUUUAGUGAGAAAGUGGCUUAGUAGAAGUAAUUUAAUGAAUAGUAUGGAAAGUAUAUAAAUUAAAUAUUAUCGUGAGCCGAAACAAUUCGGAGAAAAAGACGUAGGAAGCAGGUAAAACAAUAAAUCCGCCAAAAGAAAAUAAUAAGAAAAGAAUUUCUAAUGUGGCGGAAAUUCAAUUUACAGUUUUAUUGAAAAAAAAAUCGAAUAUUUCCGAGUCAAAAGAGUCAAAACUUGAUAAUUUUUAAUAGACAAUUAGUUGGUGUUCAAUUAAGAGUUGCAACAUUCUUUAUAAGAUGACGAAAUAGGUUUAUAUACAAGUAGUGUUCUAAUCUAAUCAUUGGAAAACCCGAUCCUCUCAGAUUGGACUUAAAAAUGUUCCAACCAGUACGCCAAACUUGGCUUUAUCGCUUUAUCGCCUUAAGCGAGGCCUUAAGAAUUGUAAGAGAUAGAGACUUCUGGUAUAAAGUUUUCUUUAGAACUUUGGGUGUGGCCAUUUAGCAAAUAUUGUCGCUUAAAGCAAAGUGUUUUAACGAUAUAACUCCAAAACGGCUUGACUAAUUUUGAUGAAAUUGGAUUAAAAUUAAAGGUUUCAAGAAGCCCAACAAUUGUACGGAACAUUGCAAAUUCUAAAAAUGGCCGCAAGAGAUAGUAAAUCAAGAUAGAAGCCUAACUUAAAGGGGCAAUAUCUCUGAAUCCCUUGAAUUUCCUCAGAAAAAAGAAAGAGAAAUAUUGAAGAAAAUUCAUAAAGCAAAUUAACGAAUUGAAAUUAUUGGUGUGGUUUUACGAAAUUCUUUCCAUAACAACUUUUUUCUUUUAUAGGAUCAGCAUCGCUAUAAGACACCAUGCGAUCGAGAUUACAACGAACGUAAGGGUUAAGAUAUAUGAUAACUAAAUGAGCCACAUUAACAUAUGCUGGUUCGUCUGUCUGCGUGAUCUGCGUCAAAGUCAGCUGUUUCACUCUUAUACAGCUUUUCGACAUUUUCCUAGCAAUUUAUGAAAAGUUGAAUAGUAAACUUCAUAUAAAUAUAACUUCAUCAGCUGAAACUGAUAUGUCUUUAACUAAUCUACCGCAAUUUAAGGGAGAAAAGGGAAAAUUUGGUCGGUGGAUAUAUAAAUUGGAAUCAUCAUUUAGUGUACAUGGAAUUUGUGAUGAUACCAAGAAGAAGGAUUUCAUCAUUCACUACCUCAACGAAGAAAGCUACAACGUAUUCUGUGAUAAAAUAAAACCUAAAGGACCCAAAGACGUUAAUUACACUGAGAUGGUUGAUGUUCUUACAAAGUGUUUUGAUGCGGUUGAUACACAAGUUAAGAGAAAACAAAUCAACGAAUUUGACUUCCCCGAAAAUGAUCCUUUCGAUUCAACCAGUUCUCAAGGUGGGUUUGAGCUUCAAGAGCAAUUAAACCUCUAUUGCUUGGCAAAACUCAGAAGAAGGAAGUGCAAGAAAUAUUCUGUUGGAUACGAAGUAAAGCGAUACACGAAAUUCGAUGACGUUGUCUGCUCCUUUGAGUUGAACGGAAAAAACUAUCGGAUCCCAAUCCAGUCAAAAUACGUGCAAAACGACGAUAAAACGAUAAAACCAAUCGACUUAGAAAUCGCAAAAGGAAACUUCAACCUAAAUGACUACAUUGCAGGUAUUAUGGAGUUUAAAAAUGCUCUUCCUGUUGACACAGAGGUGCGAUUUAUCAUUGCAACAACUUUAGAACUGAACCAAUAUUUAACCCCUGUUCUAAAUGUCAACGAUCCUACACUCCCUGUUACCCAUGAAAUAUUACUUGAUAUUUUUGAGGAGUUACAAGAGAUCGGAUUAUCAAAAUUAUAUCUUAUUAAAGAAUUCAGUGAUAAAUUCAGAGAAACAAUUGAAACUAUCGUGACUGAUGAGAAAGAUGCCAGGGAUGCUCUUAAUUACAUAUUUCAUCGAUUACUGUUUCUAACAAAAGUACCAAAAGAUGAUAAACUUUUACCAAUUAUCAAAGAUUUACUAAAUGACGUGAACGUUGUUAAUAAGGAUACAUUUUUCCAUGCAAUUCAAAAGAGAGUAACAAAUUACAUUGGGUUUGAUAAAAAAACCAAAAAACGAAAAGCUGUCAAUGAAACUAUUUUCGAUGUACUUUUAAGAGGUUCUGUUUUUGAGGCUGAUUUAGAAGGAAUUUCUGAUUCAUUUCUCUCAGAGAUAAAGUUAUCAAUUGAAUUUGAAAGUCAUUUUUUAGAGAAUUCCUGGCAAACCUUGAAGAAUGCUUCGAAAUUUAUAAAAUGUGAGAGAAAUGAGAAUUUGACUGCACUGAGAGUUUUGCAUUUAGUCAAAAUGGCGCAAAAAAACGCCAUUUUGAAUCAAAAAAUGGCACAGAAAGACGACACUUUGAAUGAAAAAAUGACACAAAGAGACGCUAUUUUGAUUCCCUUUUCUAAACUCAAUAACUUCCAUGUUGAAUCUUUGAAAUUUUAUGAGGAAACUGAAAGAAAUAUCGUAAUUUUAGUUGAUAAGGAAAUCCACUAUAAGUAUUUAGUGGAAAAACCAAACAUUCGUUAUGUCGGGAAGAUCGUUGGGAUUUCAUCAUUCACUGAAUUACCGCCAUUUUCUUACGAUGAUCUUACACAAAAGACACAAGCAGAAUUUGUAGAGAAGUUUAUAAAAAUUCAAAAUUUUCAGUUGCAGUUGAAACGAAUUCCAAAAAAAAAUUCUAAAGAGUACAAAGCACUAAUGGAAAAGUUCUUUGCCAUUUUUUGUGAUAAAAAGUUAGUUGAACUAGGGAAAAAUACGUCAGGAAAUUCUCAUCCAUUCAUUGAGAGACAUUUCAAGAUCGACAACGAUCCUCUAAAGAGGAUGGAUAUUGAUAUUUUCAAGAGAAUGUCUCAAAUGCCCCGGUGUAUUGUGAUAGGUGAACCCGGAUUGGGGAAAUCAUUCACAGUCGAACAAAAGGGAAAUAUAUUUAAAGGAGAGAACUCCGAAUAUUGGGUUGAUUUUAUUGAAUUGAAAUUGUAUGGAAAAUUCUUUUUGGAAAAACAAGAAUCCAGUGAUGAGAAUUUUACAUUGGAACAAGCCAAAGAUUUUUUACUUGAUAACCUUCUAUCAUUGGAAAAAGAUUCCUCAUUGGAUCGGGAAUUUAUUGAGUACUACUUAACACUUGCAAAUCCACCUGUAAUUCUUAUUUUUGAUGGUUUUGAUGAGAUUAUGCCAACAUAUGAGAAAGUUGUUUUCAAUUUAAUUAAAAGAGUCAUUGAAUUGAAAGUUAAAGUUAUUAUUUCGGGACGUGAACAUUGCAAAACAAUUUUGAAGGAUCUCGAAUUUUUUCAGGAAAUUGAAAUUUGUCCAUUUACUAUGGAACAAUCCCAGAGCUUUACUCGAAAGUACUAUGAAUAUAAAUUGCAGUUGAAUUCGAAGCAAUCAGGGAAGUUUGAUGAGGGUUCUUUUGGAACUUUUAACAAAAUACUUGAAUCCUUGAAGGGAAAAACAAGUCCAGAUCAGCAAAUUACGCCAUUUUAUUUGAAAAUGCUGGCAGACAUUGCUUUCCAUGAACACACGAACAUUUCACAGGAUCCUGAAGAAGUAUUUAAAUUAUACGAUAAAAUUGACACCUUGGGGAUAUAUAAUAAAUUUUUUGAUGUAUCCUACGAGGGUUAUUUGAGGGAUAAAGAAUUAAGUGAUCCAACUUCCAAUCCGGCUAUACAGAAGAAGGAACCAACAAAACAACAUGUUAAACUCUUUCAUUUACGCGUGGCGGCAAAAGAAAUGCAUGUAAAUUUGAUUCAACCACCAUGUGAAGAUUUGCAAGAGGUAGAAAUUUAUUUACGUGGUUAUCUUGUAAAAUCAUCAAAUGGUGAAUAUAUAUUUCGAUUUCGGUCAUUUGGAGAAUAUUUCCUUUCGUGGGGAUUUGUGGAGAACAUAGAAAAGAACAUUGUUCACUGUAAAUCAAUGAACGAUUAUUAUAUGUUGAGAUUUAUUGUUCCAAUGUUUAUUGAAAAACUUCGUAAAGAUCCCAAUCUGAUGGUUAUAUGUAAAGAAAAUCAAAAAAUGAAAAAUGAUUUUUUAAAUUUUUUCGUGGAUCUUGCAAAAUAUUGCUGGCAGUACUAUACAAAAGACUUUCCAAUUAUUCUGAAUUUUCUCUCGGAUAAUUUUCCACAUGAAGACUUCAAAAGCAAAUUUCCAUCAUUCAAUUUUAAAAGCCUCAUAAUUUUGCCUGGUUUAGAGAAGAAGAUUCAUUACAUUAAGGUUUUCACUGAACAAACAUCUUCAAACAAUGAAGUUCUUUUUCAUUUUAAGGAAAAAUUUGAUGAACAUGUUAUAGAUCAGUUGUCAGAUAUUGUACAUUUAAGUAAAUUCAGGGAAAUUUACACAUCGCAUCAAUCAUGUAAUGUGCAAAUUGAAAAUUAUUUCAAUAAUUUACUUUUGAGGAAAAUUGUAUCAUGCUACAAAUGGUGGAAUCCGAGCCAAAUUGAUAAUAUUUUCUAUUGCAUUUGGAGAAAAAUUAUCAUUUCCCAUAAUCCUAUUGGUGAAUGUCGGGAAAUAUUUGGAGAACUCUGUGAGAAUAGCAAAGAAAAAUGGAAUUGUGACUUUGUCGCUCAUAUAGCAACUGUUGCAGUUGAAUCGGAUAUCAAUAAAAGUUUGACUUUUGAAGAUUUUAUUGUGGAAGCCUGUAUGCUUUCUCUCACCAGCAGUGACCAUAUUUAUCAAUUUUGCACAAUGUUCUUUCGUGAAUCCUACAUAUAUAGAAUUGUCCUUGAUAAAUAUUUCCAAGUUAAUGGCACUAAUGUGGAGAAGUUUUUCUCUGAGGAUAAAAAUAUUUUACAGGAAUUUUGCAUUAAUGGUGAAACAAAGCAUAUUUUUGAGUUUCUCAAAAGAAUGUCCAAUGAGGUUUUUCGUACUUUAACACAUGACCUCCAUUUCGAUGGAAAAACCUUUAAAGUUUACUACGAAACUGCGGAAAAGAAUUGUAGUCUUGAAAUGCUACAUACAUGGUAUCUCUAUGUCCUGUUUGGCUAUGACGUAUUAAAGAGUCACUAUUGCACAUAUAAUGAGCAAAGUAACAUUGCUGAAGCAGUAAAAAGAGAUUUAACAGUCUGUUGUGCUCUAAUGUUGUUACAAGAAUUACAAAAUGAAUUUGAUAGUAAAUUAGUUCUGACGAACUUUAUUGGAACACUCUGUCACAAUGUUCUAAACUUAGAACUUGGCACUGGACAAAAAACAAACUUUCUUCAUGCUGUUGCAAAAUUUUCACCACUAAUCUGUUUAACAAAAGAUUUACUUUACGACUACUACUUGCCAUAUAAAUGCGUACCCGAAGAGAUUUUCAAAUACCUCAAAAAUCAGAAAGUUCUUCGUGAUAUGCUUUUAGAAUGUGAUUCUGAUCUCAAUAUACCCUUGCAUAUUUGUGCACAGUCAAAUAAUAGUUAUUUUUUUAAUGCAGUUUAUGCUGAAAAAGAUAUUUCAAUAAGUGAAAUGUUCAAAAUGCUCAAUAUUAGAAAUGAGAAUUUCUUUCAUUGCAUUUCCACUGAGAACAGAAUGUUAUUUUUUGAAUUUGUAAAUUAUUCAGAUCUCACCACGUUCCUUGAUGAAUAUCUGUACAAACACCCAGACGAUAAAUAUAUGUUUUUCCUUGCUACAGACACAAAAGGAAGGACUCCAUUUCAUAGGACUAACUUUCCAGAAUGUUUUCUUUCUGAAUUUUCUGAAAAUAUCGGCGAAACUGCAUUCAAACAAUUACUUUCUAUAAAUGACGAAGAUGGCAAUAAUAUUUUGCAUUAUUUAACAUUUCACGAAAAAGAUUCGAAAAAUUUGCAAAUUGAGCCAUUAGAGGAAGCACUGAAUCCUAAACGCAAAGGAGAAUUUCUACUUAAAGAGCUUGACCCCUUCUAUAAAGCACUAACAACAAGAAAUAAAUGUAAUCAGAGCCCAAUUGAUCUAUGUGAAAAUAACAAAGACUGCAUAGAACAAGGUGAGCAUUGUAUGUUAUAUAAUAUAUACAUUACAAUUAUGGCAAAGUUUGAAUUUGAAAAAGAAAAAUUUGAAUUUGAGAUGAAUGUCUAUAAUGAAAUAUUGAAAAAGUGGAACAACAACUAAUUAUAUAGAAACUAAAUAUAAAAAUUUAAAAAUUUUGGAAAAUCAUGAAUAAAGAAUUUAAAAAGUAAAAUAUGUAGGUAUAAAAUAUUUUAGGAAAGCAGAUAGCUAUAAAAAAAUGUUAAGAACAACAUUUUAUAUGAUUAUAUAUUUUCUAUUUUAUAUUAAAGAUGUAUGUAAAAGAACUUUGAAUUUUUAUGUAUGUUGAAAAUAAAUAUGUAUUUUAUUUACUAAAAAAAA